AUGGGACCAGGAACUGGGGUGGCUGAGAGUGAAGAGCCGCUGCAGGAGUUGCGUGUUGAUGGCGAUGGACACCGGGAGACUGUCGGGAAGCCAGAACCUCGUCGUAACUGCAGGGGAUGCACAGUUGCCCUCGCAGCCAUGUCCCUAGGUCUCCUCAUCGCUAUUACUGUCCUGGCAGUGUUGCCGUCUAGGCAUCCUCCAGCUGCCCUGGGCCCCUGGUGCCCGGACGGCUGGGUCGGAUACCGAGGGAGGUGCUACUAUUUCUCCGAGACUGAAGGGAACUGGAACAACAGCCAGAGACACUGCUCCUCCCUCGGUGCCUCCCUGGCUGCGAUCGACACCCUGCAGGACCUGGAUUUCCUGCUGCGCUAUAAAGGCACCCACCACUGGAUCGGCCUCCGGAGACCCGGGCAGCCCUGGAAAUGGGUCAACGGCACCGAAUUCAACCGCCUGUUUCCGAUAACAGCAGAUGGUGACUGCGCGUAUUUGAAUGACGAGAAUUGGGUCAGCAGCUCACAGUGCACCAGUGAGAGACACUGGAUCUGCAGCAAACCUGAUGAGUUUACAAAGGCGAAGGAGGCAGCAGUGGAAGGGGGCUCAUAA